UUAACCGCCAAAGCAGAAACGUCAAUGCAAUAUUUGACAACUUGCUCGCACUCGAUUCCGCCAAAACAAAGGGUGUCGGCAGUGUACGCCGGUUCAACUUGAAAUACGCAGAAAAUUCGAAGAAUAUUGAGAUGAAGAUCGAAUCAAGUAUGAAGGCUCCGCUGCCUGUCGAUGAAACCAACGUGCAACUUCCUCAUUACGGAUCGGAGGAGUCGAAUGACGAGGAUGAAACCGGCAGUCUUGUUAGUACAUCAACCACCAACACAUCCCGUAGCGCAACACCAACAAAUCGGAAACUGAAACGAAAAAAAAGGAAAGCGUCGAAAUCCACCCGCCCUCCAUAUCGAUUUGUCUGUAGCAUCAAAGAAGAUCACGGUCAGCCACUUUUCGGGGCCCAAUUCAAUCACAAUCUUCGGAAGGGAGAGCCGCUCAUUUUUGCUUCGGUGGGCAGCAAUCGAGUGUCAAUAUAUGAGUGCCCUCUGGACGGCGGGAUAAAGUUAGCCCAAUGCUAUGCAGAUCCGGAUACAGACGAAAUAUUCUACACUUGCGCUUGGUCCCACGAGCCAGAAACUGGACGUCCUAUUCUCGCUGCGGCAGGCCUCCGAGGAGUUAUUAGGAUUUUCAGCCCCGCUAUACAGUCUUGCAUCAAAGAUUACAUUGGCCACGGGCAUGCAAUCAACGAAUUGAAAUUCCACCCCAAAAAGGCCUACAUUUUAUUAUCCGCCAGCAAGGAUCACUCCCUGCGACUCUGGAAUGUGCAGUCAGAUGUUUGCAUUGCAAUUUUCGGUGGUGUUGAGGGCCAUCGAGAUGAAGUUCUUAGCGCCGACUUUGACUUGAAGGGGAACCGCAUAAUGUCUUGUGGAAUGGACCACUCUCUGAAACUGUGGAGACUGGAUAAGCCAGCGAUCCGGGAUGCCAUCACCUCGAGCUACUCAUUCAACCCGAAUAAAAGCUGUCGACCGUUUAACUCGGUGAAGGAGCAUUUUCCAGACUUCUCGACUCGAGAUAUUCACCGCAACUAUGUAGACUGUGUUCAGUGGAUGGGUGACUUUGUCCUGUCCAAGUCCUGCGAGAAUUCCAUUGUUUGCUGGAAGCCAGGCAAGAUGAAUGACUUCGAGAACGUACCCGGGGCGAAAACUGGCGCUGACGCUUCGGCCGCGUCGAUAAUUCAUCGUUUUGACUACAAGAAGUGCGAAAUCUGGUUCAUUCGCUUCGCUCUGGAUUUCGGCCACAAAGUCAUGGCGUUGGGCAACCAGAAUGGAACGACUUUUGUGUGGGAAAUGGACGUGACCGACCCUGGGCAAACCAAAUGCAGUACACUUGUGCAUCCGAAGUGCGCGACUGCCAUCAGGCAGACGUCCUUCUCCCGGAAUGGCGACGUGUUGAUUUGCGUGUGUGAUGAUGGAACCAUUUGGCGAUGGGAUAGGUACUGUUGAUUGCUGCCUUGAUCUCAUUUGAUGUUGACUUAUCUAAUAGUAAUUUUAUUCGUACACGGCGCGUUUGAGCGUUUAGGAGUUUUUGCUUAAUUUUACAUUUUGUGCGUUUCGAAACGUCAGUUUCGGAGAAAAUAAAAGACUUUCGUAUUUAGCUUUA